ACUGUGCAGCAGCAGCAGCAGACUUCCCGCAGGGAUCCCGGGAUUAAACACACUGCUGUUUAGAUGGCUGACAGAAAGGAGUAACUUAACGAACGGUGCUGCAAACUCUCCGUGGUCAUACACAAAGUGUCUCGGGGCACAAAUUGUGACAUUAUGGAGCAAGAAUUCGAAGACAUUGAUUCGUCAGGGAGUUGGCAAAACCUUUACAAUGAGAUCCGUAACCAAGCCAGCGAAUAUCCUUACAAAGUGGCAAAACUCCCAGUGAAUCGGAAUUUGAACCGUUACAGAGAUGUCAGUCCAUACGAUCACAGUCGAGUAAAGCUUGAAAACUCUGAGAAUGACUACAUCAAUGCAAGUUUAGUUAUGAUGGAAGAAGCCCAAAGAGCUUACAUACUGUCUCAGGGGCCUUUAAGGAAUACUUGUGGUCAUUUCUGGCUGAUGGUUUGGGAGCAGUAUUGCAAAGCUGUUAUAAUGCUCAACAGAGUCAUUGAAAAGGGAUCUGAAAAGUGUGCACAGUACUGGCCCACCUCAGAAGAGCUACAGAUAUCUUUUACAGACACAGGGUUUGUUGUCAGGCUGCUUUCAGAGGAGGACCAGUCCUAUUUCACAAUACGAUUGCUGGAACUGCAAAACACAAAGACAGGGGAGUCGAGGGAGGUCUACCACUUUCAUUACACCACAUGGCCUGACUUUGGUGUCCCAGAAUCUCCUGCCUCUUUCCUCAACUUCCUACUCAAGGUUCGGGAAUCUGGCUCGCUGACUCCGGAGCAUGGGCCCUCAGUGGUGCACUGCAGCGCUGGCAUUGGACGCUCUGGUACCUUUGCCUUGGUGGACACCUGCCUGGUCCUGAUGGACAGGUGUGAGAGUCAGUCUUCAGUGGACAUACAGAAGGUGCUGCUGGACAUGAGGGAAUACCGUAUGGGUCUGAUCCAGACCCCUGACCAGCUUCGCUUUUCCUACAUGGCGGUCAUAGAGGGAGCCAAGAUCAUCCUGACAGAUAACUCAGCUGCACAGCAAAACAAGCAGAGACUACUAUCUAAAUCUGCCCCCUACUUGGAGUCAGAUCCGCCCCCUCCGCCACCUCCACCUAGACCUCACCUCAAUGACAGCAGGCCCAAUGGCCAGCCAACAUCUUUUGUGGAGCUGCAGGCCCCCUCAGGAGACCACCUGCUGCCAACAGAGCCAGAUAGCCAUGACCACAAUGUGGAAGACCUCUCUGGGCAUCUCAGAAAGCGACACCGUGAGGAGAGGAUUGCCAGCACUGCGCAGAAGGUCCUGCAGAUGAAACAGAGACUGACAGACUCGGAGAGAAAGCGAGAGAAGUGGCUGUACUGGAGGCCCGUGCUGCUUAACGUCGGUGCUGGGGCAGCUUUGGCUGUCAGCCUAAUGGUUUGCUGGAUCUACUCCCAGUGAAACACUCGGGGUCACCUAAAACUGACUUAUUUUGCACCAGUACCUGGGGUUAGGUACUUCUCUAAGCAGAUUUAGAUGAUAAGAUGUGCAUAUCUGAGGGUAUUUAUUUCUUUAAGGUAAAAAUGCGGGAGCGCUGGAUCAAAUGAGCUUGUGUAUAUUUUUCAUGUAACAUCUAAACAAAAGUAGUAACAUCUCAGGAUCUCGUUGCCAGCACGAUGAUUUAUUUUCCUUUCCUCUUUGUUACUGUUGAUGAAUGUACUGUAUCAUAGCAAAUCGCUUUGAAAGAAACCUACUUGAGGUGCAGUAAAGACAAAUAUUCUGACAGAUUUAUUUUUGCAUUCUUUAUUUGCUAUAGUCAGAUGUGUGUUGUUCAUGGUGGACAUGUUUUUAACAUUUUGCAUUUCAAAAUGAGUUCUGUUGACUGUUUAUCCUACCAUAGAUAAGUUGGAUGAAUCCUUUCCUUGACAUUAGCCAUGGGAGUUAUUUUUCUUUUAGAGAAUUCACAUUUCAUGCAUGCAUUAAAAGGUUCACCAGAACACCACUUGUUCUUCCAUUUACAUUUAGCAGAGAAUCGCAAUUUAUUUCAGACUCUGCUAGAAUGUUCACCUUUCAUUUUCUGUUAAAACAGCACAUGUUUCUCUUCGGUUUUGGUUGUCACAUGGGUCAUAGUGACUAUCUAGUCCCUCACAGCUUAAUGUGUGUAUUCACCCACUGGAUGGGUUCAGGUUAUCUCACUUUAGGAAACCAAAGCAAAGCUGUCCAGUUUUAUUAAAAUACCAGCCAAGCAAGCUGUUUAUUUGUACUCCCUUUAUGUGUAAUGUGUUGUCUAUUGGAUCUUUGACAUAACUGACACCUGCAUUGCAAAAUGAUAUUGGUCACAGCACCUUUGCAUUGCAUGUGACUUUAUAAUUUGAACCCAUGAUCUAGCCAAGUUUUCAAUUGACUGGGACCAAUAUAAAGCUAUAAUAGUGUGAUUUAGAAGUUGGAGCAGAGCAUCUUGGAUUGAAUUCUAAGUUAGGUGAGAGUGAUGGCAAACAUGUCUUCACCUAUUUGAUUGCUUGUUUGAGAUAGCUUUUAAUGUGUCUUGAAGUUGGCAGAGUGUGUGCUCCAAGGUCUCUUUAGCAUGAUCAGUACAGAAAAUUGAUUAUGUGAGCUGUUGUUUCAACAUUACAUUAGCUGUUUUGCAGUAGCCAGAGUUGUGAUAUAAUACAUUUUAUUAGAGUUGAUUGCACACGAAAUGUGACAUUAGCGUGUGCUGACUCCUGAGAUGUAGCGAUUUGUUGGUGAUUGGCUGGUUUGGACAUUGGCACUGUUUGGACAUGACUUUGACUCAGUGUUCAUUUAGCCCAGAAAAGAUCAGUUUGACCAUACAUUCCAUUCAUUCUUGUUUUCCUUUAACAAUUACAGGGGAGAUUUGUACAUUGCUGAGCUGCAAUUAGAACAUGACAGAUGUUGUGUUAAGAAAAGAAAACAUGAAAUGCAGAUUAAAAUAAAAUAUUAAUCUUUUUUUAAACCAAA